GUGAGCAGCAACUCUUGCUGAGCAACCUGAGCAGGAAAACACACAGUGGGAGGACGAGCCCAGCGCUGGCAGCUUACAUCUUGGCACAGCUGGUCCCUCUUGGCACUGGGUGGGAUUCUCCACAGCGCCCCCUGGAGUUUAACCAGCUGAGUGGAAGACUCUUCUCCCCCCUUCCUUCUCCUCUUCGCUGAUCCCUUGUCACUCACACCGGAGACCAGCAGCAUGGAGGGGGUGGUGGAGGGCAACCUCAUCGACUUUGACCUCCCCUCCAGUGCCCAGAGCCCCGCGCCCCUCUCCUCCUUCGCCGCCAGCGGUGGCACCACUCUCCUCCUCCAGCCGGACGUGUUCGCCACGCAGAGCCUCCUGCCCUCCCCCAUCCUGCCCUCUCCGCUCGCACCCUCUGUGGCCCUUGCCGGCGACCUCACCGGCGAGGGCGGCGACGCCGACAGCGAUGCCACCGAGUCUGCCGACAGCGAGAACGACGCCACCGAGUCGCCCUCACGCCUGUCGCAGGCGUCGCGCCGCUCCUCGUGCUCGUCCACCCACAGCGGGGAGGACGAGGAGCACACAGAGAAGAGGCAGUUCGUCAAGGCCUACGUGGAGAAGGUGUUCAACGGCAGGGAGGACUUUGACCAUGAGGAGAAGGCUCGCUUUGGGGAGCUAUGCAGUGGAGAGACUGGCAACAAAGGCAGGGAGUGGUUUGCCCGAUAUGUCAGUGCACAGCGGUGCAACUCCAAGUGUGUGAGCGAGCAGACCUUCUACAGACUGGUGCAAUCCUUUGCUGUGGUGCUGUAUGAGUGCCACCAGAUGGAUGAUUACGGUCCUGCGAAGAACCUGAUGACCAUGUGCUUCACAUACUACCACAUGGGUAAGUCGCAGCUGUCGCCCACAGAGCUUCUGGAACGUCCAAGCGCGGGGAUUGACUCGUACCUGCGGAGUGCCAACACCUGGCUCUCAGGCAAGAAGGACAUGGCCGAGAAACUGCUGAAGACCACCUCAGCCAGGCCUGACGUCAAGGGCUUCUUCGGAGGCCUGGAGAGCAAGCUGAGAGGACCAUCUGCCCGCAAGAAUGAAGAACCUGUGAGCUCAGAAGAGGGGAAGCCCAAAACUCCAGAGCCACCUGAGGAGAAGAAGGCAGAGAAAGUGUACCUGUACACCCACCUCAAACAGCAGCCCAUCUGGCAUACGCUGCGGUUCUGGAAUGCAGCAUUCUUUGACGCGGUCCAUUGCGAGAGGAGGAAGAUGUCCCCCACCACCAGAAUCACAGCUGAGGAGGAGAAAGAUGAGAGGGAGAAAUGGUGUCACAUGACCCAGGAGGAGAGAGACGACACAUCAAGGUUCAAUGAGAAUAUCACCUUUGGACAACUAGGAACCUUUAGCCACAACAUGUUGGCCUUUGGCUUGAGCAAGAAGCUCUGCAAUGACUUCCUGAAGAAGCAGGCCGUCAUAGGCAACCUGAAUGAAGAGCAAUACAAGCUACUGAGCGACCACAUAGAGCAGAUGGCUCAGGAGUGAGACAGAGAGGACGGCCGAGAGAGAGAGAGAUCAGCGCUCUUCAACGAAGGCUUGGACGCCAACACAAAUGCAUACACCCAAUUCAUGUAUAUCAACAGACACACACACACACACACACACAUGCGUAUAAAUUCACACAGAUAUACACACACAUACAUCAGUAUGCAC